AUGUUUGAAGUAAUCUCGAUUGCUCUGUACAUAUUAUCGAAUGUUGUUAUUCUUAACGGACAAUAUGUUCAAACGAUGUUAAUGCAAGAAACAUGCGUUCCGGUGACGGUGACUCUUCGUUGUUCAAACAAUUAUGUCGCUGUUGUCCGAAGUGCGUUGCACGGCGUGGCGCAAGUCGCCGGUUCAUGUUCGUAUCAGCCUGGAGACUGUAUUGUUGAUUCGAUGAGUAGUGUAGCAUGUUUAACCGAUUCUAUUCAAUGUUCAAUCUAUGCUACUCGAAAGAAACUUCCUCAAUGUAAUGAUCAAUACAGUAGUUACUUUCGUGUUGUCUAUGAUUGUGUACCAAUAUCGAUGGAUGAUUCAUUGAAAGAAUAUCAUGUAUGUCAGAAUGGUACUGAGAUAACUACGGAUCAUGGGAUUCUUCGAAGUCCUGGUUAUCCAUCACAGUUUCAAUUGACACCGGUCGAAUGCGUUCGUACAAUACACAUUCCACAAAAUAAAAGUUUACGUUUAUGGUUAACUGAUCUUGCUAUUGACUCAACGAGCACAAACUGUGCGAAUGAUUACGUCUACGUUGUUGAUAACGUUCAAACAUACAAACAAUGUGGUACAAAACGAUAUGCGUAUCCGUAUCUCUGCUCCUCAGCAGUCGUCAUUCAAUAUUUUGUUCAACAUGAUUUUGAUAGUUAUCGAGGAAUGCGAAUGUACUUCGAAAUUAUCGAUCGACCCGCACAUGAUAGUUGCCCGGCAGUAACUGUCACACCAGUGCCAAGCAUAACAACACCGAUUUCAACUUUCGAACCAGGAACCACAACGAAUACACCAGUCUACGUUCUACUUGGUAUUGCAUCACCAAUACGUAGUUUUCAAAUCUGUCCAAGUGAAUUUUACACGAUUAAAUGUCCAAAUGAUUAUCGCAUCGCGGUGACAACAAAUCUGUUUGGUGUCACUCCGUCUGAUCAGUGUGAACCACAUGAUGCAAAUCGUCAUUGUGUUGUUACCACUGGUCCAACAUUUCUAUGUCGACAAACUUGUGUUUAUAUGUAUCCUGGUAAUGAAAUUCUUUCAUCAUGUAAUAACAAAACUGCUGCUUAUCAAUAUGUUGAAUACCAAUGUGUUCCAGCAAAAACUGCUCUCGUCUCUUCGAAUGUUCCAUGUUCCGAUAGUGAAUCGAAGUACAGCAUUCAAAUCGACCGCAAUGGUCGUUUUCAAAGUUAUAACUAUCCUCAGCUAACGCACAUGACCUGCACAUAUCGUCUCAAAGCCAAACCCGGUCAUAUUAUGCAUAUUUAUGCAUUAGAUAUAAGUUUGAACAAUUACAAUCCGAAUUGUCGAUCAAAUACAGUCACAUUUGUCGAAGAUGAUGAUACUCAAGUUGUCAGUUUUUGUGAAGAACGAAGUAGUAGCUUGAUCUAUUCCAGUUGUUCCAAUGAACUUGAUCUACGCUAUGUUGUUACCGAUGAUUUGCAACCGUUUUCCUAUGGUAUUGAACUCUAUAUCGAAAGUCAAGCACGACCAUUCGAUUGGACUUGUGGUGGCGCUUCGUCCACGUCAACUCAGUCAACAACAACUCGAACAACACCCGCACGACCUAAUGCAACAUCAAUCACUAGUCUUUCAUUGAUGACUGCACUGGAUCCGGUUGAAUACGAUAUAUGUUUCAAUGAAACAUUAGUUGGCAUAUGUCCAUACGGAUUCACAUUUCUCAUUGUGAAUGCUUAUUAUGGUGUUAAAAAACAAAUCUCGAACAAAUGCGGUUUUGUACAAGAUGAUUGUCUUCAAGAAGCUACGUCAACCGUUACGCAGUGCCAUACUGACUCGCCGAAUUGUUAUUUAUCGUAUUUGAAUAAGCGCCGACUAGCUCAUUGUUCAGAUAAUUAUGCAGAUUAUUUGCAUAUUACUUAUCAAUGCGUGCCGAGUUUCCCCACAAGUCCCACAUCCAGUUUGAUUAUUUAUGGUAUUUGUAAUACAACGGAUCGGAUAACAGAUACAAAUGGAAUAUUAAUAAGUCCAAAUUUUCCUAAUUAUCAACAGACUAAUAAAGAAUGUAAACGAGAAAUAGUAGGAAUACACGACAGAGCAUUGAAAAUUUGGAUUAAUGAAAUGGCUAUUGCCAGUGAUAAUCAACGUGAUACAGGACAUUCGGAUGCGCCAGAUUUGACACUUCAUAAAACAAGCAAUCUUGGACUAGAUUAUUAUUCAACUAUUCGCGAUGCAUGCAUAGAUAACUAUCUAAUUAUUGAUACUGCACACAUUGUCUAUGUCUACUGUGGCAUACGAAAGCUAGUUCUUGAACCUCUUUGUACAACAAGUGUCAUUAUUCAAUACAAAACAAGUGCACUAUCGAAUCUCUCGUACAAAGGUUUCAAACUAUAUUUCGAAUGGAUCGAAAAACCAAUGGAUAUAUUUUGUCAAGGUACGCCUUCAACUUACAAUCCAUCUCUAUCAACUACAACCUCUGUGUCAGAGUCCUUACCGACAUGGGCACAAAAUCUCGAUGUUUCUUAUCCUCUCAAUAAACAUGUCUGUCUUGGCACGAUGGAAACCUUACAAUGUCCACGUGGCAAUGAUUAUGCGCUAGCAAUUCGAAAUUCAAAUUAUGGGGUCACCGGAACGGGUUUAUGCGAAUUCCCAUCAUUCUCUCAUUGCCGUCAAGAAGCAUCCUUAGGUUUAACUUGUCAACAUACCUGCUCGGUGGAAUAUCUCAUACCUAAACCAUUAUCUCAAUGUAAUAAUCAAAACGGUGAUUAUCUGAAAAUAGAAUACGAAUGCAUACCAACACGUUUACCAAAUCAUGAAAGCCCACUUGACAUCUGUGCAUCUAUACCAACUGAAACUGUUGCUAUUGACAAAGGUAUGAUGGUAAGUCCACAGUAUCCAGCGCUGAGUAGCGGCCACAGCUGUUCGAAAAGAAUCGAAACUCUACCAAGUAAAUUAUGGAUGGUCUAUCUUGUUGAUUUGUUUUUGGAAAGUGAAGACGAUUUUGGUGGUUGUAUGGAUACAUCGUUAACAAUUUAUGAUGGAAAAGAUAAGAUUGUUCUGUGUGGUUUGCAACAGCCCGGACUAGUUCUCUUCAGUUGCUCUAAUAUCGUUCAAUUUGACUUUAUCUCAAGUCACCAAGCACUUGGCUAUCGGGGUUUCAAAGUUUAUUUUAAAACGAUCGACAUACCUAUCGGGUGGUCAUGCGUACCGAGUGGAUUUAGUACAACUACGAAACGAACAACAACUUCAUCGUUAUUUCCCUUGACGACUCUCAUUCCGCCAAGUUUUCAAAUUGUUGCCUACGGUGGAUUGACUACUCCUGGAGUCCGACAAUAUUGCCAUUUUCCAUUUAUUUAUCAAGACGUUCAACAUACGAGCUGUGUUUCUAGUAUACCACCAUUUCCAACACCAGAACAAACGGUAUAUGAUCCAUGGUGUUCAGUAACUGGCAAUCUUGACACUGAUGAAAAAUGGGGAUUCUGUGAUAUCGGUGUGACAGAUUCUACAUUUUAUGACUUAUGUCGAGGCCAAUUACGAAGUCUUAAAUGUCCAUCUGGUUAUGUGAUUGACAUUAUUACAGCGGAUUAUGCAGCAAAAACUGAUGAAGCAACAGAUGCUAACGCAUGCUUUUACGAUGAAAACGAUUGUUUUCAAAGUGGUUCAUCCAUUAUAGAAAAUGCAUGUGCCGGUCGAACAUCUUGCACAGCGUAUCAUUAUUCGAAAACGUUAGCAGCAUGUCAAAAUCGACCAUCUGCUUAUUUACAUCUUGGUUACACUUGUGUUCCAAAUACUGUUGAAAAUAUUACUACUUAUGACAUAUGUAAUAAUCAAAUAAAGCCGACCGGCGAUAUUCGUCGUGGAUAUCUAACUUCACCGAACUUUCCCAAUUCGAAAACGAAUAUCAAUUGUACAUAUGAUUUGCAUAUUUUAAAACCUCAUCGCGACAUUUAUCUUUACAUUAUUGAUAUGGAUUUGAACAUGCCGAAUUUAGUUGAACAGAAUUGCAACAAAGAUCGAUUGAUUGUCAAUGCUGAUGGUAGUGUUACUGAAUGGUGCGGUCGAUCACCCACGAAUCUUCUUCUACGAACAUGCCAUGCAUCUUUAUCUUUACAAUUAAUCCGAUCAACGGAUGCCAAAGGACGUGGAAUAAAAUUAUAUUUCGAAUUUCGACAACGAGCACCAACUGAAAUCUGCGAAGAAGUUAUUACACCCAGUCCUCGACCAACCUUGUCCCCGCCAUUACCAACUGUUCCAUCGCGUCCGAAUUAUUUUCCCGAUCCAUCCCCUCGAAUGAUCAAAACUCUCUGCUAUCCAGAUGUUUCCGCAUUGCUGGGUGCAAAUAACGUUCAGUGUCCAUCCGACUACAUCAUCGUUAUCCAUCGAGCAUUCUAUGGCAAGGGUAAUCAGUGUGCUUAUACGCCAGGUGAUUGUACAAGCGAAGCUGGCAAUGUCCAUCGACUAUGUUCAGGAAAUCAAGCAUGUUCAGUAUCAUUUCUAAGCAUAUUCAACUUAGCGGAAUGCGAUGAAGCUAUUGCAAACUAUCUUUCUAUCCAAUAUCAAUGUUUACCAACAGCAACAAUUGUUCCAACGAUUGCUGAUGCUUGCAGCAAUCCGAAUGAUCAGCUAACACCAAUAAGUGGACUGUUACAAAGCACGUCCUACCCGAAUUACACUCAGACUCAGUGCGCUAAUACAACGUUAAGCGCACCAGAAGGUUCUAAUCUUGUUAUUUACAUCUAUUUGAUUGAUCUUGACAUCGAUGUACCUGACACUCAAACCGGUCAAUGUAACAAUGAUUAUCUUCUAAUGUCGUAUCAAUGCAACAAUGACUGGUACAAUAUUAGACUCUGUGGUACACAUUAUACAGAAGUUUUAUUUGAUACAUGUUCACCAACGGAUGCAAUAUUAAUUUCAUAUAAUUUAACAAGUUCCAAGCCACAAUCGCGACGUGGUUUCUCCUUUCUCUAUCAUCUUCUACCAGCAUCGAUUCGAACAACACCACUAAUUACGUCAAAAGCAAGUACAUCAAUUACAACUACAGAAAUGAUCAUUGGGCCUGGUCCAGUCAGCACAGCUAUAUCUCAAUCGACUGCAUGUGUGCAACAAAACAUGCAAUUAAAAUGCAAUCCAAACUAUGGCCUUGUUCUACAUAAGAUUGAUCUUGCUGUUAGUCGUACUGGUAGUUGCAAUUAUUCAACAGAUGAUUGUUUCGAAGAACGAACGUACUUGCAUGGUACUUGUGGCGGUCAAUCAUCAUGCUUUAUAUUUGUUCCGUUGCUCAGUCUAACGAAAUGUAAUAACUCAAAGUCGAAUUAUUUCUAUGCAGAAUACCAAUGCAUCCCAUUAAAACCCAAACUUAUGGUUGACAUUUGUUUAUCAACAACUGAACUGCAAAGUGUCAAAGGCGGUGCGAUUAUUCAAACGAAAGGUUAUACAUCGGAAAACAGGAGAUGUCAUGUUCAAUUACAAUCGGAAAAAUCUUUAGCCAAUCCUUCUCAUAAAGCAUUUGCUGUUUACGUUCUUAUGCUUGAUUUACCAUUUCGAGCAUUUCGUGAACAAGGGACACAAUGUUAUGACAACGAUCCGUAUAUCGAAAUCAUUGAUACACAAAUAGGUACAACACGUCUUUGUGGAAACAUGCAUACACGUCAAUUAUUUGACACUUGUUCUGAUACAAUUGAAAUUCGCUAUAAUAAUUUCAAUAUUGGACUAGCUGAUCGAUAUAAAGGUUUUCAAUUAUAUGUUGAGUCAAUCGAGAAGAAAGAAUGCUCGCAAUUUGUUACAACAACUCCAGUGAAACAGCGAGAACCAUUUGUUAUCCACCAAGAAACUGUUUGUGAAACAGCUAGUCAAAUUAGUUUUUCGUGUACAGUAAAUCAUGGUCUUGUCUUUCUUCAGUCGUAUGAAUAUGUGACGAGUGAUCCACAAGCAUGUAAUAUCAGUCAACAAACUUGCCACUAUUUGUCUGAACAACCACAGGCACUCUGUUCUGGUCAGCAAAUUUGUUCUUAUGUUCAUACAAUUCCAAUCGGCCCCCAUUUGAACACAUGCCAAGGAAUUAAAGGCGAUUUACUUCAAUUUUCGUAUCAAUGUAUUCCAAUGAGACCAACAGAAGUGUAUCCAAAAGCAACGUUUUGUGACGAUCAAAUCAUUACGUUCAGUCGAGGUUUUAUCGAUACACCGAAAUAUCCAAAUACAUAUGGAAAUGGUCAACAACAGUGUAGUCUACGUAUCGUGCCAGCAAAUGCUUCUGAAAGUGAACAACUUUCAAUCUUUCUUUACAUUAUCAACUUAUCAAUUCGUGAUUCAUCAACAACGAAUUCAACGUCAUCAGCAAUUGAGUGCUAUGAUUCGAUUACAUACCGCGAUGGACAGACGAGCGAAACAUUAUGUGGCCUUAUCGAUCAACCUGUACUAAAACAUCAGACAAAUCAAAACUAUUUGGAAUUAACCUUGAAUAUAACCGAGUCUCACUCAAAUAUAUCAUCCCAAUGGUAUGGUGCACGAUUGUUUUUUUUCGUUGCAAACCAUUCCCGUCCUUUUGAAACAACAACUUUUGUCUCAACUGCGUUCACAUCUACACAAACAGUAACAACAAAGCCAAUCGUAGAUAUGACUACAAAACCGACAUUGAAAGGUCCUAAAUACGGGCCCAUGAUUGCUGGAAUCGUCACCGGACUGGUCGUUCUAUUGAUAGUAGCCGCACUUGCUUUUGUAUAUUAUCGCCGUCGUUCGUUUAAGCCGCCCAUUGAAACUCCAUUAGUUGAAUAUCGGAAAAAACCUAAUUUGACUGAUGAGAAUACAACUGAUGAGUCGUCAGAAAAACGUUGCAGUAGUAUUCCGACAUCAUCGUUAAGAGCUAAAACCUAUCAUGAACAAAUCCAAAUAAAAGACGGUUCAAUCGGCAAUAGUUAUGAGAAAAUUUUCAGUCGUUUUCUCAACGACAGCGUAACGCAGAUUACUGUUCAAGAUCCAUACAUACGAGCUUACCAUCAGAUAAGCAAUUUCGUACGUUUCUGCGAAGCUGCGAUCAAAUCAUCAGCGAAUGUCAAACAAAUUGAAUUGAUAACAAAAUGA